CUAAGCUCGGCGGCCGCUCUGGCGACGACGAAGAAGGCGCUGAGGGGAGGCGAGCCAAGGGCGCCUUUUGCAACUUUUAAAGUCUUCUUUUUUGUUUCCGCUCAAGUCACCUAAACUCGCCGUCAGCUGCGUCUCGCCGACGUCUCCCGUCGCUGUGCCGAGGUAAUAAUAAUAAUGAGCUGAAGUAGUCGUAUUAAUUAUAAGUCGGUGCUCGGCUGAGCGUCCGGGCCCGCUUCUCUCUGCUAGUGGCCUCGCCCCGCGAACUCCUCCACCACCACCGCCGCCUCCUCACCCCUCGUCGUCGUCAUCCUCCUCCUCAUCCUCAUCCACGGUUAUCAACCAGGACACAUGUAAUCCCUGGAUGGAGUCUCAUCUGCAGUAUCAAAGAAAACCUUUUAUUUCAUGCACUUAGGAGGAAAAACACUACUUCCAUAUUGCAGCUCAACGAUCUUUCAUUAUACAUGGAACAAGCUACAUCAUCCAGCACCUCUUUUCCCAUCAAGAUAAUGGGAUAACGAUUAUGGCUAAACACAAAGACACUCGGGUAUUCAACAUUAGUGUUGUUGGCCUUUCGGGUACAGAAAAAGAAAAGGGAUCUGCCGGAGUUGGAAAGUCGUGCUUAUGCAACCGUUUUGUUCGAUCAAAGGAAGAUGACUUCUAUGAUGUGCACACAUCGUUAAUUAGUCAAAGCGAUUUUGGUGGUCGUGUUGUCAAUAAUGACCACUUUCUCUAUUGGGGAGAAGUUAAAAAGUUAGAUGAAGGGUGGGAAUAUUCAUUUCGUGUCGUGGAACAGACCGAAUUCAUUGACGAUGCCACUUUCCAGCCUCAUCGAAGUACCAACUUGCAACCAUAUGUCAAACGUGCAGCAGCGACAAAGCUAAGUUCAGCAGAAAAGUUAAUGUACAUCUGCACUGACCAGCUUGGAAUAGAGCAAGAUUUUGAACAAAAGCAAAUGCCAGAUGGGAAACUCAACAUUGAUGGUUUCUUGCUUUGCUGCGAUGUGAGCCAAGUGCAGAACAGACCAAUAGAUAAUCAGCUGGAAUUUCUUAGCAGUUUGUACAAGCAGAUAGCUAAGACAAAGAAACCAAUUCUGUUGGUUGCCACUAAGUGUGACAUCAUGCAUGAUCAUUGUGUCCGGGAACUGCAGGCAUUUCUAACCAAGGGAAAGAUCAGCAUUCCUUUGAUUGAAACAUCGGCGAGUGAGAAUGUCAACGUGGAGCUGGCUUUCAUUGCACUGGCACAAAUAAUUGACAAGUCAAGAGUGAAGCCCAAGAUCAUUCCCUAUGCAGAUGCUGCACGUCAGCAAAAGGAGAUUGUUGAUGCUGCCACAGAAAAAUUCAAACAGCUGCUUGUUCGAUGUGUGAAUGACUUUCAUGCUCAAUGGCUUUUUGAGUCAAGGAGGAUGUGUGAUGUAAAGGAUUACCAAAAUUACAUCAAUCUCAAGGGUUGCAAGAAUGCAAAAGACCUCUUCAAAAAACAUCUUGUAAGGCUUAAAGAUAAUUUUGUUUUGCGAAAAAAGGCAGAAUACCUCGCUAAUCUGUCUAGAGAUUUGGAGAUCCUUGUUCCUGCUCUGGAAGAAAUUGAACACCUGACUUGGGAUGAAGUACAGAUCCUUGUGAAAGAAAAGAAGUUGGACUUUGGAACGUACUUCAUUGUGCUAAGUGAGCGAUGGGAAGAUAGCAAGCACAUUGAGAGCCAAGAGGACCUAAGGAUACCAUAUGACUUCCUGCAGGAGAAAGAGGCAGAAACAGUUUUCAAUGAUCAUGUUAAAAAACUUCAAGCGCUGAGGUGGAAGGCAGAAAUGAAAGUUCAAUUUAAAACGAUUCUUGGAAAGAGCUACAUUGUCGAGCCUGGAAAACCUUGGGAAGAAGUGAGUGGGCUGCUGAAAGAUGAGGAACCAUACCAGCAUUUGUCUGAAAUAGACAAAAUAGAGAUCUAUGCAAAACAUCAGCAAGAAAUAACAGAAAAGGCAAAAGACGACUUUCUGGAGAUGCUUAUGGAGCAUUCAGAUUUGUUUGUCGACCUUGAUGUCAAUGCAACACCUAGCCAUGAGAAAAUGGCCGCAAUAAAUAAUGAGAUAAAAGAGGAGGCAAGGUAUAAAGCGCUACAGAAGUUGCAGGCGGAGAGACAAGCCUUGCUGUACAAACGUAUUGGAUUUGUGUAUCAUCCAACAAUUGAAACAUGUCCUUGUGGCCAAAUCUGCAUGGAUAUUCAAAUUCAGGAGCUGCUAGCUAAAAGGCCACCACAGCCUCUCAGCCGGCCCAAGUCUUGUUGCAUUUCAGACAGCGGAGGCAUGGAUCGAUUGAAUAUUGUGCUCCUAGGAAAAGGUAAAUUGGCAGGUGAGCUUGCUGAUGAAAUAAAGGGGCAGUUGAAAGAGGAUGAAUAUGUUUUGGAUGACAAGACAUACGAGUUAAGAUUGAAGAUGGUUGAAGGGGACAUGAAAAAAGCAUUGAACUCGCUGAAGACCGAUGGGUUCAAACCACAUGGAUGUUUGUGUGUGUUCAACUCAUUUGACACAAUGCAUUACAUUGAAGACUGCUUACGAUCGCAAUACACCAGCAGAAAAGAAAACUCAAACCUACCCGUAGUAUUGCUCAUGGCAAACGAAAAGAAGCAAUCCAGUGUCAUGCAAAAAACAUUGAAGAUACAAGGGAAAGAGCUAGCAAAUAAGCUGCAGUGCCCAUUUGUUGACAGCCCGACAGAAGGAAAUGCCUACAACUGCAAAUUCCAUGCACAAAACAUAAAGAAAGCACUUGGCGAGUUUCUUGAAGCAAGGACAGUGCGGCCUUCUGUGAUAAAUCCAUCUCCAAGCAUUAAAGAUAUGUCCGAGGUUGAUCUCAAAGUUGUCAUGUGCGUCAUGUGUGGUGAUGCCAUCGAUCCAGCUUGUGUCCUAGCACCUUUCCUGGAUUCACCAUUUUGCAGCAUAGGAAAGAGUGGAGAAAAUCACACCAUGCUGUUGGAUUUGAGUUUGGGGUCACAGAGAAGGCGUGUGGAGGUGACUGCAAUAUCUUACCACUCAGCCUUCCUACGAAGAGAGGAAUUGGUUCAUGGGCACAUUCUUGUUUACUCUGCGAAUAGAAAAGCCUCUUUAGCCAUGCUGAGGGCAUUCCUUUCAAAUGUUCCCGAUGUGAUACCCAUAUACAUACUGGCUAUCACAAAUACAGAUUUAGACUUUUUGGAUGAUGUCACCAAGGAGCUGGUGAUGGAAGGGGAUGAAAUUGCUGGAGACAUAACAGCCAAAUUUGAAACGGUUUCCCACUUCCAAAACCAGACAGAAAUGUUUAAGCAGUUCUUUAGCUCUGUCUACAGUCGAAAGUCACAGAUUGAAGAGUCAAUGACCCUGUGGGACAUGAGCGAAGGAGAGCCAGUGGGUUCAUCUUCUUUUGAUUUGACGAGUGUGAGCUCAAGCACAUUCGGAUUGGCAGAUGAUAGUGAGACAGCCCCUGCAAUCAGUGAAAGAUCACAUGGAAAUUUUACUGAAUCCCAGUCUAUGCCUCACCUGAGCAAAGAUCAGCUUUUUAGCAAUUUUCCUGCUUUCAGCUCGCCUAGAAUUGGUUAUGAAGAUGCAGCUGCAAAAGGCUACACAGUUGGCCCUGUUGUACCUACAAAACCAAAGCUAAUGCCGAAGCCAGAUCCAGUUGAACUAAACAGAAAAGUGGAAGAAAUGCGCAUUUCAAGGGAGAUGACAAAACGACCAAUGCGAAAGUCUUUUGAUGACAUUGAUCGGGAGGACUAUGCUGAUCCCAUUGAUGCUAUUAGCAAAUAUAGACCAGUGUCAGAUUUCAUUUACAUACUUCCUCAGGAUAACAAACAAGGCAAAACCAGAGGCCAGUUGGUUGCAAGCAGCAGCAUGGAUAACGGCAUGGAUGUUUUCCCACUGGACGGUAAAGUCACCACAGUGCGUAAGCCCGUUCCUUACAAGCAGAGGUCUGAGAGGCUUAAACCACGGCGGACUGCACCUCCAGAGGUUAUCGUUUCUCCCGCAAAUGGGAGUGAUGAAGAUCCAGAUGUACAAAUUCCAUCAGUCCGCCAUUCGCGACGAUGGAACAGAAUAAAGUCUGGAGACGUGGAUGAAAAGAGGUCGAUGCGUAGAAGAAAGACCCGCAAACCAGAAGGGAAAAACUACUUCGGACACCCACUGACUGAGGUGGCUCAGUCACCAGACAAUCUUGUCCCACUCUUUGUGGAAAAAUGCAUUACAUUCAUUGAAGAUAAGGGAUUAACCAUGGAAGGUGUGUACCGGGUCAGUGGGAGCAAAGUUGAGCAAGAUAAUCUUCAGCGGACAUUUGAUGCAGACCAGAACAUCAUCUUUGAUAACAUGGAUCUCAACGUGAAUGCCGUUGCAGGGGCACUAAAAGCAUUCUUCAACGAGCUUCCUGGACCAUUAAUCCCUUACGACAUACAUCAGGGCUUGAUAGAGGCCAUUACCAUACCAGAUAAAACUACAAAGUUGCUGUCGCUACGAGGGAAGCUGAAGAAAUUGCCUGCGGCCAACAUGGCGGUCCUCAAAUACGUCGUCACACAUUUGCAUUCAGUGAGCCAAAACAGUAGCUUGAACAAGAUGACGAGCGAGAACCUCUCGAUAUGCUUCUGGCCCACGCUGAUGCGGCCAGACUUCACCGUUGUGGAUCCCGUUAUGGCUACACGUGUGUACAAACAGAUCUUGGAGACAUUUAUCCACCAGUGUCCUUUCAUGUUCCACAACCAGGAGGAGGUGGUGGAUGCACCGAGCCCAGCACCCAGUUCCCCAGCAGCCAUUUCGAUUACUGCGGGCAGCAUGAGUGAUUCACAACAAGGAGGAGACCUGAUGGACAGCGAGAUUAUAGCGCUGUAGCUUUUGCUGAUGUCAGAGGCGAAUAGAGACAUUGCAUAAACAGCAACACUAACGAACAUUUGCAUAGUUCACUCUGUGACUUGCCAUAAUGGCCUUCCAGGAUCUCCGUGAAGAAAUACAGCAUAGUUGCUGUUGCCACCGUGCCUGGGAAAUUACCUAUGGAAGCUGCAAUUUUCUUAACGAGAUAUUGGAUUCCUUGAAUGCUCAACGUUUUUUUAAAAAUCUCAUUUAUGCUCACCGUUGGUAGUCUUUGGCAUGGCAUAGGUAUAUUAUAUACGUUCAUAAAAACAUGCUGAAAUAAAAUCAAAGGUGAUGAAUGGUUUUGGUUACAUUAAUGUGAUCCAAAUUAAUACAUUGAGGGUCCCACAUUAAAAUAAAGCUUAUUUUGUAAACUAAGAAAAUUGUAAGUUGCUUACAUUUUAAUAUUUUUUAUGUAUAAAAUGCAGUUCAUUUAAAUACCACCCAUGGAUUUGUAAUGCUGAGUUGAUGUUAUUUAAUUUAAAUGAUAAAGUCUAGGGGGAAACUAUACAAUUUCUGUAAUUAUAUACCCAUGUCAUUUCAAGGCAUGGACAGUAUGGUACUUGCUGGACUUAAUUAGAAUCGGACCGUUGUAUUAACAUAAAUGUACUUGUACAAAUGCAGGAACAAUUGCGUGUAUGUUCAGCCCUUUGAGUGUUGACUUGCUGGUUUGCCAUGCUUUGGCCUAAUGAACACUUGACAUUUUUUAGUGAUUGUUUGGUGAAGGUUGUUAAGGUCCAGUGAAUCUAAUUUUUAUGUUGUGGGUUAUCAUGUCAUACUGGAAUAGUUUUACGGCAUUCCAUAUUAUGCAUAAUAUGCUUUAUUUACAGGCACUACAUAAAUAGAAAAGUAUGUUCAGGUUGGAUACAGUAUAUGAACACAGAGCUUGUAUUUAAAUCCAGAUUAAAAGUGGGUUAACCGUGACCUAAAAAUAAUGUUUGGCAAACUGACACAACCUUAAUUUUUUCACAUUCUCAAUGCUGUUUUGUUUACCUUGUCAGACGUAUUGCUAUUUAAAUAUAUGUAUGUGGGAGGAUUGGGAUGAUUUUGAUACACUAAAAAACUCGUCUGGCCUUUCGCCAGCUGAGCUGUUUAAGGGAGAAACCUUUUUUUAAGCAAUUUACCCAAUUGGCUGUAAAACAGCAACUGUGAAAUUGGCUGAAAUGCCAGUAUACUUAAAUCUUAAUACCACAAUCAGAAUCACACUUAGAAAGAAAAAAGUAACUUUCACGACUGCAACCUGUGGCAGGCUAGCUCGAUCAGUGUGGCAGGUGAUGUGAUCUCUUCAUUUGUAUGUCGAAAAAUAAAUUAAAUGCUGCGUAAGCUGUAAUCACUACACGGAAUAUGUUUUAAGUAAAUUGUGGAAGCAGUAAUUAAAUAUGCAAAGUAACAUCGUGGAAUGCUUCAAACCAUUCACCUGAAGACUGCUGUUUUCGUGGAUUUUGUAAUGCAUCAUGAAAGCUUUUAUGAAUUUGCCUUUUCAGGUAAGCAGUGCUGUUCAUAACUUGUGGCUGUUGUAUAAAUAAUGUUAUUAAAGCAGUGCAUGCUAUGAAUGUACUCCAACCACCUGUUAAGAUGAAAUAAACCACUGGGUGUAGUAUAUUCUACUGAUAAAUGAACAUGUAUUGUAACUGUAAAGUUCCUGUGUGAUACUAAAAAAUGAGAUGUUUUGCAAGUGUAUUAUUCCUUACUGCAAAUCUCUAAUGGCAACCAGAGCAAUAUGCAUUUUUUUACGUGUUAUAAUUAACUGGCCUGCCUUAUAAAGGGACGAAAAUAACAGGGAACAAAACUUGCCUUGCUGAAACCCUGCCUUAAUAUGCUUUUUUGUAUGGCUUUGGUCUCAACUGAACUGGUUAAGUUGCAGAAAGAACCCUGUUGCUUAUGUACAAAUAUUAAAUAAAUUUUACUUUCUUGAUAAUAAAAUCUUUGU